AUGAUAUUUGCUGGCUAUUCCUCGUGGCUCUUGCUCCCUUGCUUUGGCAUUGUGUAUAUACUAGUUAACGCCAUCUACAAUCUCUUCUUCCACCCACUCGCCAAAAUUCCAGGCCCAUUUCUGGCCAAACUAACCAAGUUCUGGCUGUUCUCCGAAGAGCUGGGUGGGGACGCUGCGAACACGUUAGCAGGGCUACAUAGGAAGCAUGGACAGUUAGUUCGAGUAUCACCAAACGAAGUCGCAAUAAACAACAGAGAUGCUUUCACGACCAUCAACCGUCAGGGAACCAAGUUUCUAAAGGAAAAAGAUUUCUACAACGGUUUCCGUGGAAAACAUGGGAAUCUUUUCACGUUUCAAGACCCCGAAGAUCACUCUCAAAGGAAGAGACUCAUGUCACCAUCAUUCUCUCAAGCCUCCCUCGCAGCUCACCAAGUCAUUAUAUACGAAUGCAUGAAGCCGCUCAUAAACGAAAUCAUGGGGAACAUCCGAUCUCAGCAACCAACUCCAAUCUUCCCUGCAGUUCGUAAAUUUGCCCUUGAUUCGAUUUGCGCUUUCUCUUUCGGAAUUAGCUUGACCAACCCGUCACACAUCGAUGAUGAAUCGAGAAGAUGCAUCUUUGAAGCUUUGGACAACUCGCCUCGCGAGCUACUUUAUUUCCAGCAUUUCUCUUCUCUAAAGUUUAUAGCUGGCGUAAUGGCUAAACUCUUCCCUAAGAUGGCACCGGACGCCGUUAUACAGCUUCAAAAGAUUGGUAUGGAUAAAUUAAUAGCUUCCCGCAAAGCAACGGACCUAGACCAACCUGGUCUUUUCUCAAACAUGGAGAAGCUACUUGGCUCGAAAGAGCAAAAGUUAAGUGACGAACAACUUGUUGCGGAAAGUAGUACGCUCUUCUUUGCUGGCACGGACACAACUGCAAGCACUGUUGCUAUCGCGCUAUGGCACCUGCUACACAAACCUGAGAUAUACGCCCGCCUGCAAGCCGAAUUAAAGACAGUCAUGCCGGAGAGGGACUCCCAGCCGACCUUGAAAGAGCUUGAGAGCCUACCAUUACUCAGUGCUUGCAUAAAGGAAGGACUGCGGAUAACCUGUCCGCCACGAGGACGACUGCCACGAGUGGUUCCUCCGGAAGGUUUCCAAUGCAAUGGUGUAUUUAUCCCACCUGGCACAAUCGUGACUAGUCCGAUAUCUUACCUCCUCUUUGAUGCAAAAGUCUUCCCGCAACCCCUCGAGUAUCAACCUGAUAGGUGGCUACAAGGCAAUGCCAAAGAGCUAGAGACAUACUUGUAUCCUUUUUCGAGAGGCACACGCUCUUGCAUUGGCCAGACACUAUCCCUUGCAGAACAGCGUAUCUGCAUCUCUCAAUUUGUGCGCAGAUUUUCGCCGGCUGACGGGCCAAAGUUCAGAGAGGUAAAGCUCAAAGAGUAUAUCAAUAUUGUAAUCAUGGAUGAGCUAGCCAUAAAGCUAGUCGAGGCAGAUUGA